AUGUCGAUUGAAAUGCCCAAAGGUCUCCCCUUUUCAGUCGAUACAUGGAGCCCUUCUUCAAAGAGAAAGAGGCACCAUUUCUUAACCCACGCCCACAAAGACCACUCGAUUGGGAUCUCCUCCCAUUUCUCUUACCCAAUUUACUCUACCCAUCUCACCAAAACCCUCCUUCUCCAACACUACCCCAAGCUUGAUGAGUCUUUGUUCGUGGGCAUUGAGGUCGGGCAAUCUGUGGUUAUUGAUGACCCUGAUGGAGUCUUCUCUGUUACAGCUUUCGACGCUAAUCACUGUCCUGGUGCUGUGAUGUUCUUGUUUGAAGGCGAUUUUGGAAAUGUCCUCCACACUGGAGAUUGCAGACUCACACCUGAGUAUCUGCAACGUUUGCCAGAGAAGUACCUUGGUAAGAAAGGGAAGAAGCCUAGGUGUCAACUCGAUUAUGUUUUCCUAGAUUGCACGUUUGGAAAAUACUAUCAAAGUUUCCCCAGCAAACAUUCAGCAAUCCAGCAGGUCAUAAAUUGUAUAUGGAAGCAUCCUGAUGCAACUGAGGUGCACUUAGCCUGUGAUCUACUCGGUCAGGAAGAGAUAUUGGUUGAUGUGUCCCAUACAUUUGGAUCAAAGAUAUAUGUCGACAAAGUCACCAAUCCUGAGUAUUUUGAUGCUCUGACAGUCAUAGCUCCUGAAAUCAUCUCCCAAGAUCCGUCUUCCCGCUUCCAGGUGCUUGAUUCAUUUCCAAAACUCAAUGAGAGAGCCAAAGCAAAGCUCGCAGAGGCCCAAGUUAACUUGAAGCCUGAGCCUCUCAUAAUUCGUCCUUCAGCACAGUGGUAUGCUUGUGAGGUAGAAUUGAUAGACAAUGAAAGUCAAAGAAAAUUAAGAUUCAAUGAAGCAGUAAGGGACCAAUUUGGUGUUUGGCAUGUUUGUUACUCAAUGCACUCGUCCAGGGAAGAAUUGGAGUGGGCUCUGCAGCUUCUAGUACCUAAAUGGGUUGUUUCAACCACUCCCAGUUGCAGGGCUAUGGAGCUGAAUUAUGUUAAGAAGCACUGUUUGACCUCUCGAAUAUCUCCAACUGAUCCUCUUUGGAAACUUCUAGACUUUAGUAUGGAACCUUCUUCAGUUGCCGAUGUAUCAAUUGAAAUUGUGGGAACUCCAGCAUCUGAAGAGCCAAAUCAAAGUCCUGCAGAUUCACAAUUGCAACUGAUCAAUAAGUCUGCUUCCCCGAAAAAGUUCUUCAGUUUCUCUCCUCCUAGGAAAAGACCACCUGUCACCUUAUUUGGUAGAGCUAGGUUUGGUUUCGAAGAAUCAGCUAUUCAGCACAAAGAGAAGAAAAUUGUAUACCUAAAAGAUAAACCUUUUCAAGAAGUGGAUAAUAGAGUUGGAGCGAAGCUGUCAGGUGAGGGGGGAGUAAACAGUGAACAGAGAUGUUGCAGCAAGACUUUGGUCAAAAAGGUAGAGGAAAAUGCUAAUGAAUUACAAUGUGAAAAGCCGGGGGAGAUAAAGUCUGAAUUGGAGCUUGCACACCUCAGUUCAUGGGAUGAAGACAAUCAGAAGUAUGAGCCGGAAAAGAAAAGACCAAUUGAACUAGAAGCACGCAAGGUUUCUUGUUCUCUGAUUGGGUCGUCAAAGUGCUUCAAUGAAAGAGUUCGAAAAUUAUACAGGUCAAUGAAUGUGCCUGUGCCCCAGCCUCUUCCUUCUUUAGUCGAACUUAUGAAUGCCCGCAAGCGUGCUAAGAGGAGAGUUGAUUUCACACCUUUUAAUUAAGUUACCAGUCCAUUCUUUGCUUUAAUUAUCAGACUGUUAAGAACAGUAUGGAAGUUCUACAACACAUGCUUAUGUCUCCUGUGUGCCAGAUAAAGGCGGUCAUUGUUGUGGGUAUACUGUAUAGAGAAAGAUACACCAGAUGUUGUGUCCUCUGGUUAUAGAAAUUGCACAGUAAGAGAUUUACCUGUUGCACAAGUUCAUAGUUCUAGCUAAAUAUAGAAUAUGGAAUCUGCAGCAGUAUAGCAUUGUAGCAUAUCCAUUGGAUCAAAUUCAGGAGCAAUACCAAACCAAGUAUGGUUAUCAUAACUAGCUAUUUGUGCUAGUGUGUACUGUGUGUGCUAUUUUAUUUGGUUCUCGAGGAGCAAAGACUACUUUGAACUCCCCAUAGUUGUGUAGGCGAGCUUUAAUCUUUUCAAGAAUGAGACUGAGCAUGGACAUGUCCUCUUCUUCUUGGUGUACAGCUGUUGUCAACACUGAAUAAUCAGUUUUGAACACCACCUUAUAAUUCAUCUCCACUGCCGAUUGUAUUCCUUCAGGCUUCAAGUGAAGCUAAUGCUUCUGCAUGUAGAGGGGAGGUUACUAAUUGCAAUGGCCUACAAGCUGCAGCAUUUGAUCGUCCGCUCACAAAAAAUCAUGCCAGCAGCGCCAUCUACACUGCAUUUUACUCCAUUCCUGUUCCGGCUCCAUUCAUCCUUGCCUUCGUGCUCUUAGCUGCUUUCCAUUACUAUUGGCCUUCACGAAUUCUGCCCACCAAGUCAAUGCCUUUAGAACAACAUCACGGGGGUGUUGUCUCACUCCAUCCCACACUUCGGUAUUCCGGUUCUUCCAUAUAGCCCACAAUAGCAUCAUGACUUUACCAAGCAGCUCCUUACUGAAAUUGUUCACUUCACUAGCAUCAGCCACCAAUCUUGAAGUCUGUCACUCCCAUUUGAGGUAUAGGCGUUGCUGCCUCUGCCAAAACUUCAUGUGCAUAUCCACACUGGGUGAACAAGUGCACAUUAUUUUCGGCUCCAGCAGCACACAAGGGGCAUAUACCAUGUCUCCCAUAUAAACGUUUGUACUCAAAGAAACCUGGUUCGGCAGAAUAUUUGUGCAACACCUCCAUACAUGUAAAGCAAGUUUGUUUGGUACUUUUGCAUUCCAAAUAGUUGCUCACAGUUUCUUAUACGGAUCCGGUGGAGGAGUUGAAACCAUUCCCAAAGCAAUAUCUCUCAGCAACAUAAAUAUGUACUAUUUGUAGUGAAAAAAACUUCCUUAUGAAAGUGCCAGACUAACCUGUUUCUUGGAGCACUUCGACCAAGUGGAAUAUUGAGAAUUAGGUCGCAAUGAGUUCCACAUUCCCCACGUUCAAGUUUCCAUGCAGAUUAGCUCAGAUACCUUUCUUGGUGCUUCUCUUGGUUGAGGUGUAUAUGGAGUCCGAGGUAAGAAUCUGGUCACCAGCAAUCUCGCCAUACAUCAAUGUUUUCACCACUACCAACCUGCCAUCGAAAGCUUCUUUGUAGUACCUCUCUAGCCUGCCAGAUACUGCACCAUGGGAUACACAAGGUUUGCUCACCCAACUCUUCCUUUAUGAAGUUAUCGUUAGGAAAACGCAUUGCCUUUAGUUUGGCAAUAAGAGACUCUAGAUUACGUAAAAUUCUCCACCCUUGCUUCACUAACUUCCCCAUAUUGAACCAGUGAAGAUUUUUGAAUCUCAUGCCUCCAUCUUUAUUUCGAAAUAGUGUCUAUCCCAAGCUCUCCAAUGUAUCUUCUGCUUUUCUUUCAGAAUCACCCCACCAAAAACCUGCACACAAUUGUUGCAAGUCUUCACACAAACCCACUGGUAGCCUAUAGCAAUUCAUCGCAUAGCUUGGCAGACUCUGUGACUGCUUUUGCGAAGAUUUCUUUUCCUGCUCCAUUUAGCAGGUUAGCUAACCACUUUGUCAAAUUCUCUUUCAGAUAACUAAAAGGUGCUGCUUUGGAUAAUGAAUGGAUUCUUAGUUCUUACAUUGAUAUCAAUGUUAUUCAUUUAUCUCCAUUUGUGCAGAUCUCAACAUGACUUGGUAAAUAAUCAACUAGUGUGCUUCACCUGCUCAAAUGUUUUAAUUGUUUUUCUAAGGG